AUGACAUCGCCUUCGAUUUUUGCUGAAUUUGAUCCUAUUCCAAUAUCAGUGAUUCCCUUCUUUAGAUUACAGUCUUUGCCUUCAAGAGCGGCUCUUCGCGUGGAAACUGAGACUGCUGCACCUAUGCCACCCUCAAAAAAGAAGAAAAGUACACCAAAUGAUACUAGUGUUAAGCCUGAAGCUCUGAAACGCAUGUUGACUGAUGAGGAGAAGGCUAAACUGACCAUGGAGUUGGAGGCUUUGAUGGACGCAGAAAUCGAGGUUGACCUUGAAGCUUUUAGUGAUGAUACCUUGUUUGCCUUAUGGAAGCUUUUGGAUGACCAUCUGCUGGAGAAACAGAAAAGGCAGGUGAAAGCUGAACCUUGUGAAAUGGAGAUUCUUAAUGAGUCAGGAUUUAGCAACUCAUCAAUGCAACCAUGUAAAGCACGGAUUGUUAUGACUUGUAUGUACCCAGGCAAUGACCGAGGUGAUGAGGAAGUGGAUAUUGUUGGUGGGAACGAUGCUCCUAUUUCAAGCUUUCCUCCAGUGGAGAUAGAGAAAGAUCCAUCUCACAGAAACAGUAAAUGCAGUAGCUCAAGUAGCUCCAGUAGUGAAUCAGGCUCUUCAUCCAGUGAUUCUGACUCUGGCAGUUCUUCUGAAAGUGAAUCAGAUGAUGCUAAAGUUCCAGCUUCAUUUGGUGGAGGAAAGGAACUAGAUUUCAUAAAUGAGGCCAAGAACAGUGAGAAAUGCUUGGAAAAUUUUCAGAAGCUUUCUACUCAUAUUGCAGCUUAUGUACCAAGUUCUAGCCUCAGUGAGGAGCCUUGUGCUCCUCGCAAUCUUAGCGUUUAG